AUGGAAGGACAGGUGGGAAGUCGACUAGGGAGGUGCAGAGGAGGUGUGAAGGGAGUGAGGGAGAGGGGGAACGGCCGGCCGGCCACCUGCAUAAGUCUCGAAAGGGAAGUAGGGUGCUGCCGGGAAACGAAAAAAAAUCUUGUAAUAGUGAUGUUACAAGUACUCGUACCGUACAGCGAUAGUAUUAUGAUGAAAGCGAAUGUGGGAAAACAAGCUUCCAAGGGAACCCUGGACCGGUCCGCAGCUAUGUGCAGCCAAUCUACCCGCUCCCAUGAAAAUUCUACAGUUGGCAUCUCGAUAUGGAGCGCCCACUGAGAGCCUUUGCCGUGCACCUGCGAUAAUGGACAAAUA